CUUAAAUGUGAAAAGACGAAAUUAUGGCGGUGUAUCUAUCCAGAUUUCGUGGGAGAUUCGUUCUCAUUUUGCACAGGCCCAGUAUCCAUAACGCCGCCUGCUUUCUCUCCCUUGACGCCUCUCGCUGCCGCGACGCAUUGCUUCGAUGUCGAUUGGCGCCGUUCCGCCCCGUUUCGCUCACAGCCAUCAGUAAUCCAGCUGUGACAGGUCGUCUAGUGACAAGAAAAGGAGGUGCAGGGAAGGACAGAUUAGUCGGUGCUUCAUUCUGGGUAUCUUUGGUCUGCCUGCAAGUUUUGGGGCUGAUUUUGAAAGGAGCCCGGUUUCCUGCAUUACUGCACGAUCUACAAUAAAAAGGAAGAGACUGUGAUAGAUCAGAUAUGGAUUCUUUCCCUCCAUAUCAGGUAAAGAGUCGUAAGCUUUCUGUUUCUGCUGUCGGGCAUCACUAACGUCUCCGAGCUGGCAUAGAUCCCUGGGCAACUUGAGGCACAGAGGAUAUUUUGAGGGUUGCUUCUUCUACCCACAUUUCAGGAGAAUAGGUCAGGGAUGGUUUUUAUUCUUCUGUAGAGGAGCCUUGGGUAAAAGGGGUGGUACAGAAGACUACCUGGGUGUUUGUGUUCAAGUACAACUGGAAUCACAGAGAACGCAUUUGGCAGUUCCUUCUUCUGUGCAGAUUUCCAUCUAGGAGAAUAGGUUAAGGGAGGCUGUUGCUUCUUCCAUUUUGGGUUUGCAGUCAUGUAGUUUAUAUCUUACGUCCAAGAGCUGGUGCUCGAGUCCUCGUCACCAUCUGGGGCCUGUUUACCUCGUACCUAUGGGCCAAGUACUUACUGUCGGUAAAAGCUGCUGCUGCUGCUGCUGCUGCUGCUGUUGCUAUUGCUGACAUGAUAUUCUAGAGUGUGCCUCGGAGUUGUUUUUCUAGGCUUUGGUAUAGUUUGGGGUCACAGUGUGGAAGCUGGAGUUUGCAACAGAGGAGGAGGAGGAACAGGAGGUGAGUGGUUGGGCUCUUUAGGAGUGCAACAGCCACACAUCGGUCCUAUCCUUGAGCCCUGAUGGCAGGACCGGCUGCGACGGCAGGCAGUGGUGGGCCUGCUGUCGGUGGGCAGACAUUAGGACCUGUCUCAGCACAGCCAACGACAGGAGGGAGUGGGAGGCGGCGUGGUCGACCAAGUGGUACGUCAUCCCAACCGGCAUCGGCAAAUGUGGUCAAAAGCGCUGAAGUUGCUCCGGCUCCACGACGGAAGAAGCGCAAGGUGCCGGAGAAGGAGAUCCCACCACAUGUUGCGGCGUUCAUACCGGAGGCAAUGAUUUACAACCAGCUUCUGGAGUUUGAGAAGCGUGUGGACUUGACGUUGGCACGAAAGAAGCUGGACAUACAGGAGGGGCUGAAGAACCCAGCGCGAAUGCCCCGCACAUUGCGGAUGUACAUUUUUAACACUCACACAAGCCAGCCGCAUGGGCGAGGAGGUGGCGAGGGAAAGGAGGACGGAAGCAAGGAUCUAAGAAAGGUUGCACCUGGUGGUGACAAGAGGGUGGGUGAGGAUAGCAGGGGCGAUCACGGAGGGCCGAAUGGGCCUCCAUCGUGGACGCUACGUGUUGUAGGCAGGCUUCUUGAAGAUGAGUCUCAGGCAGAGGAUGAUGGGCCCAAUGGAGCUGGAAAUGCUGCAGGGGGUGUGGGGGCUGCAAAUCCUAUGGCCAGUGGCAACAGCAGCAAUAGCACUUUCAAGUUCUCUACCUUUUUCCGCCGAAUCACGGUGGAGCUGGAUCAUGAGCUGUACCCUGAUAACCAUACUGUGGUUUGGGAUAGCGAGCGUGCAGUAAGCCCUGUGGAAGGGUUUGAGAUCAAGCGGCGGGGGGACAAGGAAUUUAUCGCAAAGCUCAAGUUUGAGUUGAAUCAUGUCCCGGAGCGGUACAAAGUCUCUCCAGAGCUUGGCGAGAUUCUGGGAGUCCAAACCGAGACCCGUGCACGGGUGCUCUCGGCCCUAUGGCAGUAUAUUAAGUCGCAGUCUUUGCAAGACCCCUCAGACCCCACCUUCAUGAUUUGCGAUGCCCGCCUCAAAGCGAUUUUCAACGGCGAGGAACGCGUCCGCUUUUCUACUGUGGCAAGACUCCUUCAACUCCACCUGUCUCCAGCUCCACCGAUCCUUCUAGAACACACCAUUGCGCUGGGCGAUAGAAGCCCCGCAGGUGACGCUUGUUAUGACAUCUCAGUCGAUGCUCCAACCGGUCUUAUGGCGGAAAUGGCAGACUUCAUGGCAUCGAUGGAGAAAGCCAAAGAGAUAGUGGAAUGUGAUGAGGCAAUAGGGAAUGCUAUCCGGAAAAUCAACGAUCUUCGUCGACGUAGGGCAUUUUUCCUGGGAUUCAGCAAAUCUCCUGUGGAUUUUGUCAAUGCACUUGUUGCAUCCCAAAGCAGAGACUUGCGUGUGGCUGCCGGAGAUGCAGGGAGAAAGGCAGAACGAGAGCGGCGCUCCGACUUUUACAAUCAGCCAUGGGUCGAGGAUGCUGUUACGCUGUACCUCAAUCGGCGCCUGCGGACUGGAGCAGACCCAGCCACCAAGGACGAUAGAGGGUAGUCAGGCACGCACCGGAGAAAGCAUACAUAUUACAUAUCCCUGUGUUUUUUUGCCCGUACCUUUCCCCCUUUUCUUUUUUUAAACCUCAACACCCUUGAGAUAUCAUUACGGAGCUGGCCACCCUACCCUACCUCAAUCGGCACACCCAUGAACUGUUGAAAUACAGAGUUUAUUUCUAUUCCAGCGCCAAUCAGAUGACCAGGAUAAAAUAAUAUGCCUGUAAGGCUGUACCUUUCCCAUGUUUUGUUGGUGCUCAAGUUUCUGGUACUUCCUUUCCUUGGCUGAUGCCAGGAUUCAUGUUUGAUCCUGGAAGUUAGUUUGAUCCUUGAAGUUAGUUUGGUCCGGGAAGUUUGGAAAUCAAAAUCAUAAAGGCUA